AUGAUGGUUAUUUUCUAUAUUAUGGGAAUAGUUAUUCACAUCAAUUGUUUAUAUCAAACAAAAGAAUAUGGAGGAUGGUUAUAUUUUGUUGAAGGAGAAUUUCGAUUAAGAUAUAACUUACCAAUUAUAAUGUGUUUAAUAUCGACAAUAAUUGAAUUUGCUAUGAUGAAAAAAGACGAAUUUAGAAAAUAUAAUAAAACAAUAAUAAUGGUAAUAUUAAUAACAACUAAUGUGAUUGGAAUGAUUAUAGGAUAUUACUUUUAUUGUUACAAAACAAUUACAGUGACAUUUACAGGACAAUCAUUAUUCAUAUCAACUACAUUUAUAGUUAUAGGAAAUUUAAUGAAAGCAUUGAAAGAAGGAGAGAAAGAUGAAGUAUUUUAG